UUUGAACUCCCUUCAUGUCUCCCUCCCCUUGAAAAUUAAUCUCUCUCAAGCUGCUGCUGCUGCUUCUUCUUCUUCUUCUUUUUCUUCUUCUUUCUCUCUCUUCUAAACAGAGAAUAUGAACACCCACAUAGAGAAUCAAGUUCUUAUAAGGGAAUUCAAUGAAGAUAUGGAUACUGAAGUGGUGGAGAGGCUUGAGAGGAACUGUGAUUUUGGAUCUAGAGAAGGGAUCUCCAUAUUCACUAAUAUGAUGGGUGAUCCGUUGUGUAGGAUAAGGCUCUACCCAACUCAUGUUAUGAUGGUAGCUGAGCUUGUUGCCAACGGGAAGCUUGUCGGAGUCGUUCGAGGAUGCAUGAAGCAUGUAGGGACUGGCUUUGGGGAAAAACAUGUCAAGAUGGGUUACAUCCUGGGCCUUCGUGUAUCUCGUAAGCACAGGCGCAUGGGAAUAGGGUUGAAGCUGGUGAAAUCGAUUGAGGGUUGGGCUAUAACAAAUGGAGCACAGUACAUCUGGGUGGCCACAGAAGAGGACAACGUUGCAGCGACGAACCUCUUUGUUCUGAAAUGCAAUUACGUGAAACUAAGCUCGCUUGUCAUACUGGUUCAACCAAUAAGCUCUCAUGUUAAGGAUUCCCCUGGGGAUGUCACAAUAGAGAAGUUGAGCAUAGAUCAGGCGAUCUCCUUGUACAAAGACCGACUGGGAAGCAAAGGUUUCUACCCAGUAGACAUGGAUGCAAUCCUGAAAGAAAAGCGGAGCCUCGGCACAUGGGUGUCGUUCUUCAACGAGGAGGACUGGGUUGGUUUACGUAGCAAAGAAAGCAGUGAGGACUUCACCAGUAGAACUCCGAGCUCCUGGGCCAUUCUCAGCAUUUGGAACACUUCUGAGGCUUAUAAGCUUCAAAUAAGGAGGCCAUAUCCAUUCAGGUGUCUCCACGCCACUCUCAGCCAAGCGAGAGCCAAAGUUUUCCCUUGCCUUCGGAUAUCAUUCUGUGAUCUGCUCCACAAACCUUUUGGCUUUCUCUUCCUUUACGGGAUUCAUGGUGAGGGGGAGAGACUCGGGGAGCUUAUGAAAUCUCUGUGGUGCUUUGCUUCUAAUAUGGCUGGAAGUAUGAAGGAUUGCAAAGUGAUUAUUACAGAGCUGGGGAACUGCGAUACUCUCGUUGGCCAUGUCCCCAGAGGGGCCUCUAUGUCAUCCAUUAACGAUGUUUGGUACCUAAAGAGAGUGAAUGAUCCCAGCGAAGAAGACGACCAGUGGACGACAACACAACCUUCUGGGCAUUUGUUCGUUGAUCCAAGAGACUUCUAGCUAGUGUUGGAUCGAUGAUAUGAGCCAGCUGCUACCCUAGCUAAUUAAAGCUUGGUAUUAUUAUGUAUUAACAUUGUUUCAGAGGAUGAGUUUAGCUCGUAUGCUUCAGUUCAGUCACCUUAUCCUGGCUACUGUAAACCCAUGUUUCUAGCUAAUAAAUUCAUCAGGUGAUGAGAGAGAUUGGGAUUA